AUGGCCGACAAGCCAAUCAACUUCUCCGAGCAUGUGCAGCUCACAAACGUCGGCAUCGCUGCCGACAGCAUCUCGUUCGCAAACGUAACCCUCGAAUCCGAAAACUUCGUCUGCGUCCGCGAGAGCAUCAACGGCACCAACUCGGUCGUCAUCGUCAACCUCAACGACGUCAGCGAUGUCAUGCGCAGACCCAUCACCGCCGACUCGGCCAUCAUGAACCCCGUCCAGAAAAUCAUCGCGCUCAAGUCCGCGCGGCAGCUCCAGAUCUUCAACAUCGAGGCAAAGGCAAAGGUCAAGUCGCAUCUCAUGAACGACGACGUCACCUUCUGGAAGUGGAUCAACAACACCACCCUCGGCCUCGUCACCGAGUCCGCCGUAUUCCACUGGUCCAUCGAGGGCGACUCCGCGCCCACCAAGGUGUUUGACCGCCACGUCAGCUUGCAAGGCACCCAGAUCAUCAACUACCGCGCAAGCCAAGACGAAAAGUGGCUCGUCCUCGUCGGCAUCUCGGGCAACACCUCGGGCGCACCCAACGCCUUCCGCGUAAAGGGAUCCAUGCAGCUCUACUCGCGCGAACGCGGCGUCUCCCAACCCAUCGAGGGCCACGCCGCCGCCUUUGCCGAGCUCAAGUCCGACGCCGCCCCCAACCCCUUCAAGCUCUUCACCUUUGCCAACCGCACCGCCACCGGCGCAAAGCUCCACGUCGUCGAGAUCGACCACCAGAACGGCCAGCCCGCCUUCACAAAGAAGGCCGUCGACGUCUUCUUCCCGCCAGAGGCCACCAACGACUUCCCCGUCGCCAUGCAGGUCAGCAAGCGCUACGGCAUCGUCUACCUCGUCACAAAGUACGGCUUCAUCCACCUCUACGACCUCGAGUCCGGCGCCUGCAUCUACAUGAACCGCAUCUCCGGCGACACCAUCUUUGUCACCGCAGAGCACGAAUCCACCAGCGGCAUCAUCGGCAUCAACCGCAAGGGUCAGGUCCUCUCCGUCUCGGUCGACGAAAACACCGUCAUCCCCUACAUCCUCAGCACCCUCAACAACUCCGACCUCGCCUUCAAGCUCGCCUCCCGCGGCGACCUCCCCGGCGCAGACGACCUCUACCUCCAGCAGUUCCACUCGCUCUUCUCCACCGGCCAGUACGGCGAGGCCGCAAAGAUCGCCGCCAACUCGCCCCGCGGCAUCCUUCGCACCUCCCAGACCAUCGAGCAGUUCAAGCAGGUCCCUAACCAGCCAGGCACCCUCUCCCCCAUCCUCCAGUACUUUGGCAUCCUCCUCGAAAAGGGCUCGCUCAACAAGUUCGAGUCCCUCGAGCUCGCCCGCCCCGUCCUCAACCAGGGCAGGAAGCACCUCCUCGAAAAGUGGCUCAAGGAGUCCAAGAUCGAGUGCAGCGAGGAGCUCGGCGACAUUGUCCGCCAGCACGACAUGAACCUCGCCCUCAGCGUCUACCUCCGCGCCAACGUCCCCAACAAGGUCGUCGCCUGCUUUGCCGAGACCGGCCAGUUUGACAAGAUCGUCCUCUACGCCAAGAAGGUCGGCUACACCCCCGACUACGCAGCCCUCCUCCAGCACAUCGUCCGCACCAACCCCGAGAAGGGCGCCGAGUUCGCCACCAGCCUCGUCGCCGACGACGCCGGCCCGCUCGUCGACAUCGAGCGCGUCACCGACAUCUUCAUGAGCCAGAACAUGAUCCAGCAGGCCACCAGCUUCCUCCUCGACGCGCUCAAGGACAACAAGCCCGAACAGGCCCACCUCCAGACGCGCCUGCUCGAGAUGAACCUCGUCAACGCUCCUCAGGUCGCCGACGCCAUCCUCGGCAACGACAUGUUCACCCACUACGAUCGUCCCCGCAUCGCCAACCUCUGCGAGAAGGCCGGCCUCCUCCAGCGCGCCCUCGAGCACUACGAGGACAACGCAGACAUCAAGCGCGUCGUCGUACACACCAACCUCCUCCAGCCAGACUGGCUCGUCUCCUACUUUGGCAAGCUCACCGUGGAACAGUCGCUCGAGUGCCUGCGCGAGAUGCUCAAGGUCAACAUCCGCCAGAACCUCCAGGUGGUCGUCCAGAUCGCCACAAAGUACUCGGACCUCCUCGGCCCCGUCAAGCUCAUCGAGAUGUUCGAGUCCUUCAAGUCGUUCGAGGGCCUCUACUACUACCUCGGCUCCGUCGUCAACCUCUCCACCGACCCCGAGGUCCACUUCAAGUACAUCCAGGCCGCCACCCGCACCGGUCAGAUCCGCGAGGUCGAGCGCAUCUGCCGCGAGUCCAACCACUACAACCCCGAAAAGGUCAAGAACUUCCUCAAGGAGGCAAAGCUCUCGGACCAGCUGCCGCUCAUCAUCGUCUGCGACCGCUUCGACUUUGUCCACGACCUCGUCCUCUACCUCUACCAGAACAUGCUCAUCAACUUCAUCGAGGUCUACGUGCAGCGCGUCAACUCGUCGCGCACCCCGCAGGUCAUCGGCGGCCUGCUCGACGUAGACUGCGACGAGGGCGUCAUCAAGAACCUCCUCCAGUCCGUCACCGGGCCCAUCCCCGUCGAUGAGCUCGUCGACGAGGUCGAGAAGCGCAACCGCCUCAAGCUCAUCCUCCCCUUCCUCCAGUCCAAGGUCGAGGCCGGCUCCCAGGACCAGCCGCUCUACAACGCCCUCGCCAAGAUCGCCAUCGACAGCAACAACAACCCCGAGGCCUUCCUCAAGGAAAACAACCUCUACGACCCGCGCGUCGUCGGCAAGUACUGCGAGAAGCGCGACCCCUACCUCGCCUACAUCGCCUACGCCAAGGGCUUCUGCGACGAUGAGCUGAUCGCCAUCACCAACGACAACUCCAUGUUCAAGCACCAGGCGCGCUACCUCGUCAAGCGUCGUCAGCUCGACCUCUGGGCCCAGGUGCUCACCUCGGACAACGUCCAUCGUCGCCAGCUCGUCGAGCAGGUCGCCUCCACCGCCGUCCCCGAGUCCACCAACCCGGACGACGUCUCGGCCACCGUCAAGGCCUUCAUGGCCGCCGACCUGCCGCACGAGCUCAUCGAGCUGCUCGAAAAGAUCAUCCUCGAGCCGUCGGCGUUCAGCGACAACCGCAGCCUCCAGAACCUCCUGCUGCUCACCGCCGUCCGCACCGACAAGGGCAAGGUGAUGAACUAUAUCGACCGCCUCGACGGCUACGAUGUCGAGGAGAUCGCCAAGAUCGCCAUCGACCACGGCCUCUACGAGGAGGCCUUCCGCAUCUUCUCCAAGGCCGAGCAGCACGAGGACGCCAUGAACGUGCUCGUCGAGCACAUUGUCUCCAUCGACCGCGGCCAGCAGUACGCCAACAAGCUCAACCAGCCCGCCAUCUGGUCGCGCCUCGGCAAGGCGCAGCUCGACGGCCUGCGCGUCAAGGACGCCAUCGACUCGUACGUCAAGGCCGAGGACCCGUCCAACUACGACGAGGUCAUCGAGAUCGCCGAGCACGCCGGUCGCGAGGAGGAGCUCAUCCGCUUCCUCCAGAUGGCGCGCAAGAAGGCGCGCGAGCCCAAGAUCGACACCGAGUACGCCUACUGCCUCGCCAAGGCGAAUCGUCUGGGCGACAUGGAGGAGUUCCUCGCCAUGACCAACGUCGCCGACAUCCUGAGCGUGGGUGAAAAGUGCUUCAACGACGAGCUGUACGAGGCCGCCAAGCUGCUCUUUACGAGCGUCUCCAACUACGCGCGCCUCGCCACCACGCUCGUCUACCUGGGCGACUACCAGGGCUCCGUCGACGCCGCUCGCAAGGCGGGCAACACGAGCGUGUGGAAGCAGGUGCAUGCGGCGUGCCUGAGCAAGCGCGAGUUCAAGCUGUCCCAGAUCGCCGGUCUGGCCAUCAUCCCGCACGCCGAGGAGCUGCCGGGCCUCAUCAAGGCGUACGAGAACGAGGGCUUCUUUGACGAGCUGCUCAACCUGCUCGAGCAGGCGCUCGGCCUCGAGCGCGCCCACAUGGGCGUCUUCACCCAGACGGGCGUGGCGCUCGCCAAGUACCGCCCCGAGCGUCUCAUGGAGCACCUCAAGCUGUACUGGUCGCGCUCCAACCUGCCGCAGCUCAUCAAGGUGGCCGAGCAGUGCCACCUGUGGUCGGAGCUGGUGUACCUGUACACCAAGUACGACGAGAUGGACAAUGCGGCGCUCGCCACCAUGGAGCAUGCGGCCGACGCGUGGGACCACGACCAGUUCAAGGCGGUGCUGCCCAAGGUGGCCAACGUCGAGAUCUACUACCGUGCGCUGACGUUCUACCUGGAGCAGCAUCCGCUGCUGCUGAACGAUCUGCUCACGGUGCUGGCCAAGCGCAUCGACCACGGCCGUGUGGUGCGUAUGUUCAAGAAGAAGGACAACGACAACGUGCCGCUGGUGCGCAGCUACCUCAUGUCGGUGCAGCACCACAACCUGGAGGCGGUCAACGAUGCGUACAACGACCUGCUGAUCGAGGAGGAGGACUACGAGACGCUGCGCUCUUCGAUCGAUGGCUUUGACAACUUUGACGCCAUCUCGCUCGCGGGUCGUCUGGAGAAGCACGAGCUGCUCGAGUUCCGUCGGCUGGCGGCGCACCUGUACAAGAAGAACGAGCGAUGGGGCGAGUCGAUUGCGCUGUCCAAGACGGAUAAGCUCUUCCGGGAUGCGAUCGAGACGGCUGCGACGAGCGGGUCGGAGGAGGUGGCCGAGGAACUGCUGGGCUACUUUGUCGACAUUGGCAACAAGGAGUGCUAUGCGGCGACGCUGUUUGCGUGCUACGACCUGAUCAGGCCGGAUGUGGUGAUGGAGCUGUCCUGGAGACAUGGGCUGGGCGACUUUACCAUGCCCUACCAGCUGCAGACGAUGCGCGACCAGAACACGCGGCUGCGCCAGCUGGAAAAGGAGGUGCGCGAACGCGCCAAGAAGGACUCGGACAAGGAGAAGCUCGAGGAGGAUGCGCCGAUCAUUGGGCCCGGCGGGCUGGGUGCACCCAAGCUCAUCACCGCCGGUGCCACGGGCUUGGCCGGCGCGGGUAUGGGCUACCCGAACAACCUCAAUGGCGGCAUGUACAUGCAGCCCACCGGCAUGUUCUAG